GACAUAACCCUAUUCUACUUUAGACACAUGGUGUAAACAUUACCAUUACUAAGGAUUGCAAUUAUUCAAAAACAAAACGUGUUUAUUUGUAUUUAAAAAAUCAUGAUUUUUAGGAUCAAAAUUAAAUUGGAAUAAUAGAAAUACGUAAAAAAAUUGAACUUUAUAUAUUUAUUAAAAUGAGUAGAGGAAGCAACAGUGAUGAAGAAUUAUUUAUCAAUGAUAAGAGUCGGACUGAUAUUCGGGCAGAACUUUCUAAAAUGAGUUUUGCGGACUUGCAGAAGUUAAAGGAAAAAUUGGGUUCUAAAGUUUAUAAUGAAGCUAUGUUUGGAAAACCAAUAGGUAAAAAGACUGUUUUGAAACGGGAAAAUAAAAACAGACCACAGGAAAUUUCUUCAAAAAAGCGAAUGUUUCAAUUAAAAAAACUCAUUCCUGUUAAGCAAAAUGUACCAAGAGAUCCUAGAUUUGAUAGCCUUUGCGGUACUUACAAUGAAAAAGCUUUCAAAAAUGCAUACAGCUUUCUUACAGAAGUUAAAAAAAACGAUUUGACUGCUCUUAAGGAUGAGCUUAAUAAAAAUGCCGAGGAUCCUAAAGCUGUUAAAAAAAUUAAAUACCUUAUUCAGAGGUUAGAAAAUCAGAUAAGAGAAGAAGGAAGAAGAAAGGAAGCAGAGGAUAAGAAACAACUGGAGAAACGAGAAAUCAUUAAAACCAUAAAAAGUGGAGAGAAACCUAAUUUUAGAAAGAAAUCUGAGAGGAAAAUUUUAGACCUUGUCUCCCAAUAUGACGAUUUAAAGAAUUCUGGAAAACUGAAAAAGCAUAUCAAAAGACUACGGAAAAAAAAUGCUAGUAAAGACAGAAGGAGAUUAGAGGAAUCCAAUUCAGACUGAUAUAUUAUCUUUGAUAAAUAAUACUUAUUAGUUAUAUAUUCUUUAAAAAAUGUUUACAUUUAUGUUAUAUUGAAAGUCUUUUUCAGGCAUCACAGUACCUUUUUUCCUCAAAAAGGGGACAAAAAUUUAUUUAUUUAUACAACAUGAAUAUAUAAUUCAAAUUUGUUAUCAUAUAGCUUCCAUAAUAUUUUUUAAAAAUGAUUCGAUUUUAAUCAGA